CAUCUGAUUUCUCCCUACCUCUCUGUCUAACUCUGAUUUCAUCUGAUUUCUACCUACCUCUCUGUCUAACUCUGAUUUCAUCUGAUUUCUCCCUACCUCUCUGUCUAUCUCUGAUUUCAUCUGGUUGCCCCUACGUCUCCGUCUAGCUAAAGAGAGAUACUUUUUUUCAUUCGACCAUAUGAAUAUUUUUGUCUGUGAUUUAGUUGCUUGACAAGUCCUAAAACUUCAGAAGGACAAAAAAAAAACUUGAUUUUAAAUGAUGAUGUUUUUUGUGCCCUUGAGGUCAAAAUUGACCCCCCUGUUGGCGCUUUUAGGGUUAAACAGACAGCUGGUCCCAGAACUGUGCCUAUAUAUACUCUUCUUCAUAUGUCUCCUCUCUGGCUUGACAAUCUCAGUCACUCAUCGCUCCGUCUUGCAACGCUCUCUUCCUUCUAGGAAGUGAUUUCAACCACCGGUCAAGAUGUCAGAUAAGAAGAUGUCGUCGAGUCGCAGGCAACAUCUGAAGAGCUUGAUGCUCCAGAUUGCCCAGGGGUUCAUAGAGGCUGAGGCCAUCCAGGCAGAGGAGGACAAAAACAGCUACAUGGAUGAGAAUGUCCCCUCCUUCUCCGUCCCUGAAUCCAUGCAGGAACUCCAGGAUCUGUGUAAGAAGCUCCACCAGCAGAUUGAUGCAGUGGAUGAACAGAGAUAUGACACGCAAAGCAAAGUAGCCAAGUCUGAUAAGGAGAUUGAGGAUCUGAAGAUAAAACUACAAGACCUGAAGGGCAAGUUCAAGAAGCCCGUCCUGAAGAAAGUCCGCAUGUCUGCUGAUGCUAUGCUCCAGGCUCUGCUGGGCUCCAAACACAAGGUGUCCAUGGACCUGAGGGCCAACCUGAAGCAAGUCAAGAAGGAGGUCAAGGAGGAGGUGAAAGAUGCAGCUGACUGGCGUAAGAACAUAGAGGACAAGGCUGGCAUGGACGGUAGAAAGAAGAUGUUUGAGUCUGACCCUUAAGACCCUUUAACAAGACCCCUAAUAUGUGUAUUUGUGUUCAUAUGUCUCAUCUGAUAACAUCCUUCAUUUUAAUCUACAUUCUCCUCCUGUCAUUUGUAUUUACACUGCUCUGUCUAAUAAAAGAAAAUACUUCAAUAUAUUUUUUUUUUUUUUUUA